GUUUCCUGUUCGCUGUCUCCUGGCUGUGCGGUCCCUCCCUACGCCCCGGUCCGUGCCUCAGUUUCCCCCACCCAGGGGCUGUGGAGGUACCUGCUGCAUGGAGGAAGCCACUUACUGCUGCAUCCCUCCACAUCCCCUCUCCUGACGCCAGCGUGGCAGGGUGACACCGUGGCUCUCUGGUUGCAGUGGGAGGGUGACACCGUGGUUCUCUGGGUGCAGCAUCCAGGGACGGUUCCAUCAGCUGCUGCCACAAAGUGCCAAUUUUGUCAGUGUCAUCGCCACCCAACAGCACCUGCAGCUGGGAAACCUGGCACUGAGACACCAGCCUUCUGGGUGACACGGGAUGAGUGUGCCGGCCAAUGAGCUGGGCAACCCAGCCCAUGCCAUCUUUGAGAGGUUCCUGCGUGCCGGGGAGUGCCGAGAGGUGCUGGGCUGCUUCGUAGAGCUAUGUCAGCAGCUGGGACUGCAGGGCAGCGGGCUACAGCUAUACCACGGCCUCAAGGCUGCCCUCAACUACUGGAAUGCCAAGGCCCUGUGGAGCAAGCUGGAUAAGAAAGCUGGGCACAAGGACUAUGACCAAGGCACAGCCUGUGCUGGCACCAAGUGCCUGGUGGUGGGCGCUGGCCCCUGCGGGCUGCGGGAGGCCAUUGAGCUGGCGCUGCUGGGUGCCCGCGUGGUGCUGCUGGAGAAACGCGACUCCUUCUCCCGCAACAACGUCCUGCACCUCUGGCCCUUCACCAUCCAUGACCUGCGGGCGCUGGGUGCCAAGAAGUUCUACGGGCGCUUCUGCACUGGCACACUGGACCAUAUCAGUAUUCGGCAGCUCCAGCUGAUCCUGCUGAAGGUGGCUUUGCUCCUGGGGGUGGAGGUGCACAUCAAUGUGAGGUUCGAGGGCCUUGCUCCCCCCACGGGCAAGGCAGGUGGCUGGCAGGCUGUGCUGCAGCCCAGUUCCUCUCCCCUCACCCACUAUGAAUUCGAUGUACUCAUCUCAGCUGGCGGUGGCAAAUUUGUCCCUGAAGGGUUCAAGCGGAAGGAGACACGUGGGAAGUUGGCCAUUGGCAUCACCACCAACUUCAUCAACCGCCACAGCCGGGCUGAGGUGGAGGUGGCCGAGAUCAGUGGUGUGGCCCGAAUCUACAACCAGAAGUUCUUCCAGAACCUGUACAACAAAACAGGCAUUGACCUGGAAAACAUCGUAUACUACAAGGAUGACACUCACUAUUUCGUCAUGACGGCCAAGAAGCAGAGCCUGCUCAAGAAAGGGGUCAUCCUCCAGGACAAAGCAGACAUUGAGAGCCUCCUGUCCCCAGAGAAUGUGAACCGGGACGCCCUCCUUAGCUAUGCCAAAGAAGCUGCCAACUUCUCCACCAACUACUGCCUGCCCGAGCUGGAGUUUGCCCUCAACCAUCGGGACCUGCCGGAUGUUGACAUGUUCGACUUCACCUGCAUGACACGUUCGGAGAAUGCAGCGCUGGUGCGGGAGCACAACGGGAGCCGUCUGCUCAUGGCACUGGUGGGCGACUGCUUGGUGGAGCCCUUCUGGCCGCUGGGCACCGGGGUGGCCAGGGGCUUCCUUGCCGCCUUCGACGCAGCAUGGAUGGUGCGGCGGUGGGCAGCUGGGACACCCCCGCUGGAGGUGCUGGCUGAAAGGGAGAGCAUCUACCAGCACCUUUCGCAGACAUCCCCAGACAACACCAACAAGAACAUCAGUCAGUACAGCAUUGACCCGGCCACGCGCUACUCCAACAUCAACCUGCAGGCCAUCAAAGCCAGCCAGGUCAAGGACCUUUACCUCGUGGGUAUGGCGGAGGUGGACCACAAGAGCAAGAGUGACAACCGGCUCAGCAUUGCAGGCCCUGGAGCUGUCUGUGAAGAGCUGCUGAGCUGGUGCCAGGCCAGCACUGCUGGAUACCCUGGCGUGGCUGUGACCAACUUCAGCACCUCCUGGACCAGUGGCUUGGCCCUCUGCGCCCUCAUCCACCACUUCCGUCCAGACCUGGUGGACUUUGACUCUGUGGAUCCCCAGGAUGCCGUUCAGACCCACCAGGUUAUGCUGGACAUAGCAGAGCAGGAGCUGGGCAUCCAGCCUGUCCUCUCCAGUGCUGAGAUGGCCACCAUGACAGGGCCUGACCAUCUGGACCUCAUCACCUACCUCAGCCACUUCUAUCAAGUUUUCAGGAGCUCUCCAGAGGUGGAGGUCAGCAAGAAGCCACUGUCUCCCCAUCACACUCGAGGGGCUAUUCUCUUCCUCAGCAAGCUGCAGAAGAGCCGGAACCUGGCACAGAAACGUGCCCAGAACAAUGCCCAGAAGGACACUGAGGCCAAGAGGAACCGCAGGGACGCUGAGCAGGACACGGGGCUGGAUGGAGACACUCCGGACAGUGCCCACGAGGUGCCACAAACCAGCGUGAUGGACUCAGGGCAGCCUCCGAGGGAGAGGACAGGGGAGAACAGUGAUGCCUGCUACAUCUGUGGCUGCCGUGUCUACAUCCUGGAGCGAGCCAGCGCCGAGGGACGCUUCUUCCACCGCAGCUGCUUCCAGUGCCAGCACUGCGGGGCCACCCUGCGCCUGGGCGACUAUGCCUUCAACGAGGAGGAUGGUCAUUUUUACUGCUCGCUGCACUACCCCAAUCCACCCAGCACGGACCUGCCCCGGGAUGAGGCUUCAGCACUGCUUGAUGGGGAUGUUGAUGCUGCUGCCCACCCACCCUCAGAUGCUGGAUGCUCAUGUGUGUCCCCCAUGGAGUGGGCACCCAGUCCACUUCAGCCCACUCCAGCAGCCCCACAGGCAGGGGAAGAGCCUGGGGAAAUUGAGGACACUGCAGAUGUUGGUGACAUGGAGGAGCAGGAGCUGCUGGCACAGCCUGGGAGGGAUGUGAGGGAAGAGGAGGUUCCCAGAGUGGAGCCCCAAGAGACAGCAGAGGAGGGUGAGGAGAGUGGGGGCAGGAGGAAGAUCAUCCUUACACCACUGGAGAAGCUCAGUCUAUCCACGCUGAACCUCACUGGUGAAGCAGAGCCCAAGCCUCUACUGCAUCCAGAUCCUCUGCAUCUCCAAGCAGCACCUGAGGCCCUCCCUGCCCUGUGGCAAGGACAAGGUGCCUGGAAGGAGGAGGAGGAGAAAAUUGACAUGGAGAAAGAUUUGGAAGAGAGUGACAGUGAGGAGGAGGAGAAAGAGGAGGAGGAAGGCACAGGUCUUGGCAUCAUGAAAGAGCUGUACCCAGACCCCAGGGCAGAGGAGAAAUACCCCACCUGGAAGCGCACAUUGGCCCGCCGGGCCAGGGAAUCCCAGAUGAAGAGGUUCUGCAGAGCCCAGGCCAUCCAGAGGCGGCUGGAGGAGAUCGAGGUGACUUUCCGGGAACUGGAGCAGCAGGGCAUCAAGUUGGAGAAGUUACUCCGGGAUGAGAAUGAGAGCCUGGCUGACCAGCAGACACAGUGGACAAACCAGCUGCUGUAUCUGGUCCAGAAGAAGAACAAUCUGAUGACCGAGGAGUCGGACCUCAUGAUUGCGGUGCAGGAACUGAAACUGGAGGAGCAGCAGUGCCAGCUUGACGAGAAGCUCCGGAGUUACAUGAACAAGGAGGAUACCCUGAAGACAGCUGAGGAUGAGAAAGCUGAGCAGGAGAUCCUGAAGCAGCUGGUGGAGGUGGUGAAUAAGCGGAACGUCCUCAUCCAGUUGCAGGAGGAGAAGCGGCUCAGCGAGCUGCGGGCUUGAUCCACACAGC